UCCACAUGGGCUGUGGGGUGAUGAUUCGGUCACACUUCAGCAUGUUGCUGCUCAGAUUGGGACGCAGACCUCUUCACACUCACAGAGACCAGACACAGGUACCCAGCCUAUGUAUACCUCCACCCCUACUACACACGUCCUCACAAAACAUGACAGGCAAACUGCUGAGGCUUAUCAACAUUCAGGUGGUCAUAAUACUGGUGCUCGUCCUAGACACACUACACUCACUGCAACACACACUCUCGCUGGAUACACAGCCCUCUGGCCGAGUUUACACCGCUACAAAUGUUUCGCCCCCGGGGUCACCACAUGUAAUUGUGAGAGCUGUAAGAAAACUAGGCAGAGUGGAAAUGCAGAACCUAGUGGGGGGACAGCUACAAGUCCUCAGUCAGGUCAAGGGUCCCCAUGCACUCCGGAAGACACUAGGGGUGCCGCCCCCGGGUUUUCUGAAACCUACGUGGUCGAGCACCCAAAAACGGGACUCAGGGCCCAGUGUACAGAGAGCGGAGGGUCCGCACUCAGUGAAUUUAGUACAGGCUGCCAGUGAGGUUGCUGGGCCACUUGUUCACGCAUCGUUUUGCUGUAAUUCCGGGCCUGUCUUGCCCUGUCCUUUUGGGCACAGAUUUCAUGAUUCAGGCAGAUGUUCACAUUCAUCCGGCCACAGGUAGUAUCAAAUUAGGAGACAAUGCGAACUAUGCACCAGACUUAGGCCUGUUGGAGGGGGAGUUUCAGGACUUGGAAGGCCAUGUAGCUUGCCUGACCUUUAAGAAUGUCAUAGUUGAUUUUAUCCCAGUGUUAGACCAGGCAGUCCUACCUCGAGCUGACAAGGAAAAACUGGCAAGCAUGUUGAAGGACUUUGAAUAUCUUUUUAGUGGGAAGCUCGGGAAAACUUCAUUAGUUACACAUACGAUGGACACAGGAACUGCGAAACCAGUGUGCCUUCCUCUCUAUCGUGCCUCGCCCGCUAAAAGAAAAAUUAUUGAAGAGCAGAUUUCUAAAAUGUUGGAGGAUGAUAUCAUUGAACCCACUUCAGGGCCCUGGGCAUCAACAAUUGUGAUAGUUGAAAAGCCGGGUACAGAGCCGAGAUUCUGUGUGGAUUUUAGGAAAGUGAACAAAUGUACGGUGAAGGACUCCUAUCCCCUGCCGAGAGUAGAUGACUCUUUGGAUUUUUUGGCACAAGGUAAAUUUAUUUCGACUCUGGACCUUGCACGUGGUUACUGGCAGGUCUCGUUGGCUACUGACUCGAGAGUAAAGACAGCUUUUAUCUCUCACAAAGGGCUCUAUCAGAUUAAAGUAAUGCCUUUUGGGUUGUCCAAUGCACCUGCGACAUUCCAGAGGUUAAUGAAUACUGUCUUGGCAGGGCUUACACACAACUGUUGUAUGGUGUACUUGGAUAAUAUUGUUGUCGCUUCACCAACCUUUGAACAACACCUGAAGGACCUCGCUAGUGUAUUGGGGUGUUUAGCAGAGGCUGCCCUUUCUCUGAAGCUGGCUAAAUGCCAUUUUUGUACACCAAAUCUAUGUUACUUGGGUUACCUUGUAACCCCAGAGGGUAUCGGUCCUGAUGGAAGUAAGAUAGCUGCAGUCAGGCAGCUCCCCACACCUAAGACAGUUAAAAAUGUGUGACAGUUUCUGGGAAUGACAAGUUACUAUCGUAGGUUCAUUGCAGGGUAUGCUCAUAUUGCCUAGCCCAUGUUCGCUCUUUUGAGAGGACGCCCAAUUUUCAUGGUCCAAUGAGU